AUGCUUGACCCUUCUUCAGAUUCCAAUCAAUUGAAUGAAUUUCCAUUGAUUGCAAAUAGUGGAGGUUACUUUCUUGAUGAGACUCCAAGCUUUGAUGAAACAUUUUCUAACUCAAAUUAUGGUCAUGAGUCUCCUAAUUUAGCCGUUGGCCAAGUUGGUACAACUGCUUCUAAUACUGGUGCUGUUGCAGGUUCAAAUACUGUUACUAAUAAUGCUUCAUAUAUUAAUGCGAACAUCAGCUCUCCUUAUAAUGUGGGGAAUGUGAAUGCUGGCCAUUCUUAUGUUAACUAUGGAGUCCAAGCACAUCAACAGCAAGCUCAGGGACACAUACAGACACCUGUUCAACCCCAUCAACAAGACCCUCAUUUUGCUCAUCAACAAGUUCAAAACAUAAGUGGUCCACAACAACAACAACAGCAACUUUAUUCAUUCUCUAACAAUACAUCUACUAAUACUACCAAUGACGUAUACAAUAACAAUAGAAUGUUUGCUGCAAAUGGUGUAGAUUAUGACUUGUUAUCUUCUCAUACUCCAAACUUUAAUUAUAAUAUUACUUCAAGUUCUGAUAACACAUACUUCAAUUCAACAUUUUUUGACAAUUCUGGUACUAAUGUUCAUUACUCAGGUGCUUCUAACAAAUAUUACUCCCCACAACCAAUGAACAACAACCCCAUAUCAUCAUCACUUAUGUCAGCUACUUCUAUGUCAUUUGAUAUUAACCAUCACAAUAGUCAAAUACAACCUAACAUUUCCCAGAUAAAUACCAAUGCUACUAAUACUGCUAGUUUUGAUCAUUUAUCGUAUACUCCCCCAUCAACAGCUGGUACUACCUCUACUGGAAACGCUGCUAAUCAAGAGUAUUACAUGAAUCCUCAACUUAAUCAUACUGCAUCUGCACCAUCUUUAUUGGCUGGUUCGUUUAGAAUAAAAGACGAAGACGAAGAAGAUGAUUUAGAAAACUUCAAACCAUCAUCAUCAAAUCAAUUAAUCACACAACAACAUCAUCAAAAAGUUCAAACCAGUUAUGGAUCUCGCAUAGGUGGCAGCAGAAGAUACAGAGUCAUUAGAGGUGUAUCUGCUGGAGGAAGUACCACCAGACCACCAAAACAAUCUAUUGAUAGUGAUGCUAUUUUCUUACCAGUUGAAUUGAGUUUGAAUGGAGCUACAAUUGAAGACAUUUGUUAUCCUCAAUGGUCAAAGCUGGAAAAAGAUGAUGGUCGUCGUAUCAUUAGAAUAGAAAGAGUACAGAAAGGUCCAAAGUUAAUCGCCAACUUUUCAAUUGUUGGCAGUGCUAAUGAAAACCCAACCACAUUACCAGCAGCUAAGAGCGUGGACGUCGUUGAAGUUUCUUGCUUGAAAUGUAAAGUAAGAUUGAAUGAUGAGUACUAUGAUUCUCAAAGCAGUGGUGAUGAAGACAGUCCAAGAAGUGGAGGGUCGCCUAAGAGUUACAUACGAUGCGAAGAUGAUGGAGAGACUUAUCAAUAUUAUAUUACCUCCGUUGAAGUUGUCGAAAUAGUUGAAUUAUUAAUAGGCACUGAAGCCAAAGAUUCAGCUGAGAAAAGAAGAGAAAGAGGUAGAGUAAGAUCAAACUUGGUUCCAUUUUGGUCCAAGAAACCAAUCUCUUCACGUAUGAAUGAUCUGUCAACAGGAAACUCAUCUAAUAACACUCCUACUUUUGGACAUCUGCAAUACCCACAACAACCAACUAAUCAAGACUACCGUGUUGAAUUGGCCAAGAGAAUCAUGGGUUAUGAAAUAAGAAAACCAAGAGGUUUUGAUAAGGAAGUUCGUAUUUUAAGAUGGGAUAAGUUAGUCCCAGCUUUAAAGAGAGCUUUACAGAGUUAUUAUACUGAAAUCCCCCAAAGUGACGCUCACAUUGACUUUUAA